AUGGGCAGCGGGCUUAGUAGCGCCAACAGCAAGCGGCGGAAGGAAAGCCAAAAUGCCGAAUCCUCCAGAGUACUCUUCCUUUUAUAUCUCAUACAUAGGACUUGGAACGUCCUAAUCGAACACGUUGACUCGAAAAGUGCGAGAUGGCGUCGGUCCCAAUCAGUGCCGAGUUCUGGAGAGCUGGGUCGUCAGUUCGACUCCAUAAGCUUCGAGUCCAGCGGUUCCUGUUACUCAUCAUGCAGCUGCAGUUACUGCCGGCUGAGGGACUGUGCGCAUGAUUGUGUCAGGUAG